AGCGCAUGGAGGCCCUUAGGACAGGUUGAGAAUGCUCCACUCGGCGUCUGUGAUCGGCGCUCUGUUCACAGUGAGGAUUUGAUCGAAGUCGACAAAGUACUUCCCAACGUUGUGGAGCUAGAGGCUUAUCUCUACUCUCGGCCGCAUCAUAAAUGGUAUUAUAUAUCGAGGCAGACACCGGGAGAUAUCCUAAUGUUUGUGCAAUGGGAAGGCUACGAAAUUCCCAGUGAUACCAGUAGGCCAUCCAGGACCCUUCUUUCCUUCACUGGAGUAGGAACUGACCUAGUAAUAGCGGGUGUAUUUCAUGCGUCUCUAAGUGGACCACAGACGACGGUGGGGAAUAAGCCACGCGAAUCUAUCGAAGUGCGCAUGAUUGUGAUUUCAUAA